AAUUAUACUAGAAAAUGUAUUCGAACAAUAUUAUUGAUUAAGGAACAUUAAGUUAAUUAUAUGAUUGAAUAUAUAAUAGUAGUAAAAGGCACAAUAUGUAUAUAAGAUAUUAUUAUAUAUAAAAAACGCAUAGAAUUUAUGUAAAACGUGUUUAUGAUUAAUUUAAAAUUAUGAAAUACAUAUAUUUACUACUUAUAUCCAUUAUAUUAUCAUUAUUUAUAACAUUUAUUAAAUCUGAUAAUGAUUAUGAUAAUGAUAAUCAGAAUAAACAUUCAUAUCAUCACAAUCAUAAAAGAAACUAUCAAUCUAAGAAUGUCGAUAGUAAAUCAAAACAAUAUUCAUAUAACAAAGAAAAAAGGAAUAAUAACGAUGAAAAUCAUGAAAGAAAUAAAAAAUCUAUUCGUCCUAGAGAUCAUAAUUAUGCAUAUCGGAAUAAUCAUAUAAAAUCUCGUGGAAAUAGUGCAAAAGGUGGCAGUUAUUCAGAAAGUACAUACUUCACAUUACAUACUGGAACAGAUAGAUAUGGUCGAAGAAAUUAUUAUUCACGAUUUCAAACACGUGGACGAUCAAAUGGUUAUCGUGAAAAUAUGUUUUUUAAUAUUUUUGAUGUAAACGGUGGUCUUAAAAUGACACGGAAUAAAAAUUACUUGACACAAUCUGUAAAAAGAGAUAGUUAUAUAAAAAAGAAUUAUAUUAAUAAUAAAGAUUAUAAUGCCAACAGGAAUGAAAAGCCGGAAUAUCCAGAAUCACCUGUUUUCAAAGAUGGAUACAGGUCAUCGGACAAAAACCUUACUACUAAUUAUGGAAACUCGACUAACACAUCAAUUCCAUUAGCCGGUAAAUAAUCCUAACUAUAAUCAAAAAAGUUCUGUAAUUAAUAAUAAAUGUUAUUCAUGUUAUGCAUAAAAUCAGUUUACUUCUUCAUUAUUUAAAGAAAACUAUUGUAUUUCUU